AUGAUCAGACUCGGUGGUGUCGGACUGAGUGAUAGUCGGAGGUGUUGGGGAUUGGAUCUAUCGACGGAGCAGAGGAGGAGAUUGGAAAGAUUAGCGGCGGAGGUAGGAGGAGAAGAGAGGGAAUUGGAGGAGGAGGUGGUUAGGGUUCAGGCGAGGAUGGCGGCGCUGGUGGUGGUGGAGGCGGCGAGGACGGCGGUGAACGGAGAUGCGAAUCACGUAGAAUUAGUGAUCGGAAGGCUGAGAUCGGCCAUGGAGGAGCUUGUGGAGUGUGAUGAUAAUCUGAGAGUGAAGACAGCGAUGAUGGUUGAGUCUGAGUACCUCCCUCUAUACACUAACUAUGGUCUAGGUCUUACCACUUGGAGUCCACUUGCAUCAGGAGUUUUGACUGGAAAAUAUAACUCUGGAACCAUCCCACCUGAUAGUCGGUUUGCAUUGGAAAAUUACAAGAACCUUGCUAGCAGAUCAUUGGUGAAGGAUGUGCUGAAAAAGGUUAAUGGAUUGAAACCAAUUGCAGACGAACUAGGUGUGCCUUUAUCUCAACUUGCAAUCGCGUGGUGUGCUACAAACCCUAAUGUCUCAUCCGUUAUUACUGGUGCUGCAAAAAAGUCUCAGGAGAACAUGAAGGCCGUUGAUGUCAUCCCAUUACUAACACCUACGGUGCUGGAGAAGAUUGAUGUUGUUGUUCAAAGCAAGCCAAAGCGGGCAGAUUCGUAUAGGUGA